UGCCAUUGUAUGGGUUCGGUCGCACUGCUUUGCCGUAUACUACGGAUCACAGCACCAUGACCAGCUUAUAUACAGCUCCAACAUAUCCAGCUAUUCCCAAGCAUGUUCUCCAAUUGCCGCUCCGUCGAGUCUAACACGGAGUUAGACAGCUAUUUCCACUCAUUGAUGAUUAGGGCGGACGCCCUCCCAGCAUUCUUCAAGAACCUUUACCAAAACAGCAGAGACCAUGCCUUCUGCAGUUCCGCUCACGGAGGUAAACUUUCUAUUCCAAGCAUCACCACUCCGGCGACGCGCGUAUACUGUAUGAUGCCCCAAUGGACACAGGGCUUAACGAAAACUAAGAAGGUUCUACCAUCCAACAAAGAAUCGGUGAAAUCGUCUCGACCUCGUUCAUCGCCAUAUAUCCUUCAGCGACUUUUGGUCAUCGAUCCUUACAUCUGCUGUGUAGAUCUCAGCACAGCACGAAGGUGGGUUAAUCACACGUUUUCAUCACACCCCACCAACACUAAUCCUUGUCUACAACAUGUAAGCUACUGUUUCACUGGCACCCACUAAUCGAUCCAUUACUG